AUCGCGGUCCGCACCAUCACACUCAACGUCUACCAAGUCUCAUGUAAGUUGGUUUGAUUUACUAGUCUUCUCUAAAGGGGCUUGGUAUUGUUUUGAUUGCAUACCUUUCCUAGAAUUGAAUACACCACUUAUUCAAAUUAAGCACAAUUUGGAAGGCAAACUCUCCUCCAAAACUUUGUAAGGAUUGUUUAUUCUGUUAAAGUUCUACUUGGCUCUUUAUACAAUUAGGUUUGAUUUGGUCUCUAGUUUUAAUACCUUAAAGAUUCCCUAAAUUUUUCCAAUACCAGCCCUAUAUUUAUUUGUAUUAUUUAUAUUGGUUAUAAACAAUGUAUUAAUUCUGCUAUAAACCACUAUUUAUGGCCUAAACCUGCUUACAUCAUCAUUUUCAUUUAGGUAUUUUAACUAACGGCAUUUGAAUGAAUAAUGGAUUAUGGAAAUAUGUUUUGGGUUUUGGCCAGAGUUAAUUUGGCCACUGUAGUUUCAUCUUCUGAAUAGUUUUCUAAUCCAACCCCUUCUUUAGCCCCUCUAUUCACCACACCAGCUUAUUGAUUAUAGCCUCAUUCCUAACCUGUGGCCAAAGUCUUUGGUUUAAAAUUGCAAUCAGCUCUACUCAGUUUGUGUUGAUUCAAUUGUGCUUUCAUUGAGUUUCGUGGUUCUCAAGUGAUAUUUUUGACCAUUGGCACUUUCUUCAUAGCCAACUGCAUGUGAAACAUCAUGUGACUUAAUCAAAAGACAAUUUCAUCCGAAUAAAUUGAGGGCUAGCAAAAAACGGUUGUUGCAUAUACCAAUAUAUAUAUAUAUAACCUAACCCUAUUAACCAGUUAUUUUUGGUAGCAUGGUAGAUUAACCCAAGGCCGUCCAACAUGGUUCAGCCUCUUGCAUCACCCCUCCUGCUCCUCAUUGGUGCUCUGGAGCCACGCCCACUCAGAUCCUCCAAACCCAAUAUACUCGCUGCACCCCGCGGGAGUGGCUCAAGGAACACCUCGUACCCACCACCACACCCACCACCGGUCUCAUUGGUCAGCCUCCCCCAGCUCUUACUCCCAAUCUCAGUCCAGCCCACCGCUGUUUGGGUGUCCUUAUUGACCAUGGUGCCCCACCUGUUCAAUAUUGACAUCCUCUUUCUUAAAUGAAACGGCCCUAUAGCUGGACAGGAAUGUGUAAACACAGCUCGGCCAAGUAGGUGUAUUCAAAGAAGGACAAAUAUUUGAGUAGACUGAUAAACACAUGCUGGAUAAUAUCUUAUUUUUCUUAUAAAAAAAACAAUGCAUCACCUACAUUUCGGGUUAGGCUGUUGAACGGUGUGUGUGGACUGGUUGUUCCUCGGUGUGUGUGUGUGUGUGUGUGUCCGCCUUAACCCUCGUUCUCUCUGACGGGCCGGGCUCCUCCGCAGUGGACAACAAGCACAUGCUGCACUACAUCCGGGACAAGACGGCCGUGCCCUACUUCAGCAACCUGGUGUGGUUCAUCGGCAGCCACGUCAUCGAGCUGGACAAGUGUGUGCAGACGGACGAAGAACACAGGAACAGGGGUAAGCUGAGCGACCUGGUGGCGGAACACCUGGACCACCUGCACUACCUGAACGACAUCCUCAUCAUCAACUGUGAGUUCCUCAACGAGGUGCUCACGGACCACCUCCUCAACCGCCUCUUCCUGCCGCUCUACGUCUACUCCCUGGUCAACCCCGACACGUCUGAAGAAAGGAAGAUAAACCCUCAGGUGUCCCUCUACCUGCUCUCUCAAGUGUUUCUGAUCAUCCACUACCGACCGCUGGUCAACUCCCUGGCCGAGGUGGUCCUCAACGGGGACCUGUCCGUCUUCACCCCCCACAUGGACGCGCGCAACGCGCACAAGACGACAGCCGGCGGCGCUGGAGGCGUGCGGCGCUUCACCAAGCCCUCGGAGACGCUGGAGCGCUCCCUGGAGAUCCACCGCCAGCGGGGGCGCAAGCGCGCCCAGAAACGCCCCAACUACAAGAACCUGGGGGAGGGCGGGGAGGAGGAGGAGACGGAGACCGCCGCCGCCGCCGCCACGGAGGACCGGACCGGGACGGGGGGAGGAGGAGGAGAGGAGGGGGGGUGGGAGGAUGACCUCCUCCGAGGAGAGCGAGAGAGGGGGAAAGGUACAGAUGGAGGAGGAGGAGGAGGAGGGAGUUCUAAGCCGGGCAGAGCGAGUGGGGAGCGGGCAGAAGAGAUAGAGAUGGUGGUGAUGGAGAAGUGCAAGGUCUCCGACAUGACGGAGCAGAACACCACAGACGAGGAGAAGACGGCAGCGGCCACACGUAUGCAGAUACACAAGAGCAGGCCCUUCCUGGACAUGGUGUUCAGUGCACUGGACUGCAGCCAUGAUGACUACCACGCUCUGUUUGUGCUCUGCCUGCUCUACGCUGUGUCCCACAGCCAAGGUAUAAACAGUGCCCUCCUGGAGCGCCUGCAGCUGCCCGUGCCACAGCAGGAGAGGUGCUCUUACAGCCAGGGGCUGGUGGAGCGGCUUAUCAGGGUCACCAGCCAGGCCUCCCAGCCCGAUGGCAAGGUGCGUCUCGCUACACUUGAACUCAGCUGUGUUCUACUGAAGCAGUCGGUGCUUCCAGGGAACCACUGUAUCAUCAAGGACGUGCACCUGGCCUGCAUGGAGGGCGCACGGGAAGAGAGUCUACAUCUGCUCCGAAGGUUCUACAAGGGUGAAGAGAUCUUCCUGGACAUGUUUGAAGAUGAAUAUCGCAGUAUGACGUGUAAACCUCUGAACGUAGAGUAUUUGAUGAUGGACGCCUCCAUCCUCCUCCCCCCCACGGGCACCCCGCUGACGGGGAUAGACUUUGUCAAGAGACUGCCCUGUGGAGACGUGGAGAAGACGCGCAGGGCCAUCCGUGUGUUCUUCAUGCUGCGGGCGUUGUCCCUGCAGCUCCAGGGGGAGCCCGAGACCCAGCUGCCCCUGACCCGGCCAGAGGACCUCAUCAAGACUGAUGAUGUGCUGGACCUCAACAACAGCGACCUGAUUGCGUGCAUGGUGGUGAGCAAGGACGGGGGGCAGGCCCAGAGGUUUCUGGCCGUCGACGUCUACCAGAUGAGCCUGGUGGAGCCGGAGACCAAGCGCUUGGGCUGGGGCGUGGUCAAGUUCGCCGGCCUGCUGCAGGACAUGCAGGUGUCGGGCGUGGAGGACGACAGCCGGGCGCUCAGCGUGGUCAUCCACAAGCCGGGCUCCAACCCGCACGCCAAGCCCAUGCCCAUCCUGCAGGCCAACUUCAUCUUCGCCGACCACAUCCGCUGCAUCAUCGCCAAGCAGCGGCUGGCCAAGGGCCGCAUCCAGGCGCGCCGCACCAAGAUGCAGCGGAUCGCGGCCCUGCUGGAGCUGCCCAUGCAGCCCGGCAGCACGGACGUCCUGGGCUUCGCCCAGCCCGGCCACGCCUCGCCCGGCGGCCUGCCCUUCCGCUUCUACGAGCAGUCGCGCCGCGUGCCCAACGACCCCACCGCCAGCCGCGCGCUCUUCGCCUCGGUGGACAAGGUGCCAGGCUUCGCGGUGGCCCACUGCGUGUCCCAGCACAGCCCCUCGCCGCUGUCCUCGCCCUCCCCCCCCUCCUCCAGUGGCACUGGGAGCACUGGGAGCACUGGGCGGUGCGACUCGGUCACCAGCAGCACCAUCUCCGCCCACAGCCCUGCAGACGACGGCGCCUUCCUGGAGCACACCCCUCCGUCCUCAUCGGGCGGCGAGGGCGGGGGCGAGGGCGUAGGGGCGGCCUCCACCCCGCCCCCCCCCCACCACCACCACCACCACCAGUGGGCCCUGGCCCCCAGCCUCACCCCGGCCUCCCAGCCCUCCAUCUCCCUGCUCACCGACGGCGGCGGGGCCGACACGCUGGGCGUGGAGUCGCUCACCCUGCUGCCCCCCGCCCCCCUCCCCCUCGGGCCCCCCUCCUCCAUCGCCGAGGAGGAAGAGGAAGAGGAGGAGGAAGGGCCCGGCGACGCGGCCGCGACCCCGUUGGCUGAUUUCCAGGGAGGGGACUCGACCGCAGGCGAUGGGCCCCAGGAGACGAGAGAAGAAGAAGAAGAUGAUGAUGAAGAAGAAGAAGAGGGGGAGACACACAGCCAGCCGACAGACGCACUCGACUCACCAGAGCUCGACUGAAAGACAGACAGACAGACGCACACAGACUGACUCAGACAGAAACACAGACUCAGACAGACACACACACACAUAGAGAUCAUGACACACGCACAUAGAGAUCAUUUCACACACACAGAGAUCAUGACACACACACAGAGAUCAUGACACACACACACGCACACGCGCGCGUACACAUACACACACACACACACAAACAAUAUGGCUCCCCUGGGUGUUUUGCCUCCAAACGACACCACCCACCAACGCCCAUUUCCCUUUCAGUCCAGCAGCAACAUGACACCCCAAAGACUGGGUCGUGUGAAGCAGCUAAUUGGCUGGGAGAAGGGCUGCGCUAUAUUUUUGGACAUGAUAUCCUCGUAGAUAACUGAAGAGCCAGAAUCUAAAAAAAAAAGACUUCCUUUGUUGCGUGAAUAGUUAUCUCGGUGUGUAUGAGAGACUGAUUUGCAGGAACGAGGUGUGCGUGGGACAUGGUUGGAUUUUUACUUGACAGAUCUGCCUCCCGGGAUCGCGUGGGUGUGUCCGUGCACACUUUUGCUUUCUACUCUUUUUGAUUUGAUCGUGGGGCGCGCGCACGUGAAAACCAGCAAUGUUUUUUGGCGACCUGCCAGCUUAAAGAACCACUCCCACAUUGGACGGGCUUAUUAAUGAAUGGAUCAGAUUCACUGUAAGAGGCAACGGGGGAAGAGGGGGGGGGAAAGGGGAAGCCUCCUAAUAAUAAUUUGAAUUGUGUUCUGAGCGGUCGGCUAGCUGUGUUUUUGGGUGAAGCCUGAAGCGUCUGAACUUGCGUACGACUGCAACACAGAUGUCUGCUCCCGGGACCCGGGCCCGAGGCUGAAUGUAUAACCACGUUGCUCGUUCACCGGGCCCAAGCUUUCAAACUCCUUAAGAAAUCAAACCAGCACUAGCGUACCACAUAUCCCGGCAAACUUACCAUUUCUGAAUCGUCGUAAGAAAUAAUCGCGUUGAUUUUCUCUUUUUUUUCGUUGAAUCUUUUAACCCGUGUUGAAUGAUUAACCCAUAGGGCUAUUUGGAGCCUUCUUUGUGUGACUCUGUGCAAGAAGCAUGCCCAGCGCACGUUAAAAGUGGUGUUUCUCCUGCACAAAGUGUCUUAUUCGUUGUGACCGGUUUAUACCUUACUUGGAAUAAGAGGGUCCUUAGCUUAACACACUCCUGUGCACUUUGGUUCAAGAUCAGACACCAAGGCAAGAAUCCAACUUGGAUGAUGAUGAUAUAUUUACUGGGGUUAUGUCUCCUAAUAGGUUUUUGUUCAUAGAAUUUCUCAAACAGAUAACAGAACGUAACCAGCUCUGUUGUAUCCUUUGCUGUCUAUGUAUAGAAUGUAUAGGGAAGAACUACCUGCAAAAUAAAUACUUGAGCAUUGGCGUUAAGGCAAAGAAAAUAGAUUUGUGUCAAUGCAGAAUCCACUGUAAAUCACCAUCAGUAAUUGUUCUUGUGCCCAAGAGAAACGAUUCACCCCUACACUCAUCAGAGAAGCAACAGGACUACGAAACAGCCCCAAUCUAUUAUGAAACGAUGGUUUCAUUUGGUCAGUCUACCGGAUAUCAGGUUUUUGGGAGGGGUUUCUUACUAUUUUUUUUGUGGUGUUCUGCGAUGGUUCUUUAAUUUAAUCGACACAAUAUAUAAAAGCAUACAUUUUGGAGAAAAGCACAAAAUACAUGCCAGUAUUGGAUUGGUUAGUUGGCUGUUGGCCUGAGAGGAAGUGAAAAAUACCUUUUAAUUUGAUUUCUAACAUGUGUACAUGUCUCAUGGAAGGCCCAUUCCUCACAUCAGUUAUUCAUGCUAUAUAUAUAUAUAUAUAUAUA